AUGGCACAACUUUUGAUGCAUUAUGGCGCUGAUCCAUUGGCCCAAGAUCUACACGGUCGCACUCCUCAAAGUUUGGCUACAGGGAAUACACAGAGGUAA